CUGAAGGGGGAUUUAGGCCCGGAAGAUCCGAGUCCAUCCGCGGCGGGGAGAGGGCGAGCGGGGUCGGCGGGGGCCGGAGCAGGGGCGGCGGCGCUCGGACUGUCCCAUCCGCCCCGUAUUGAGGCGCUGGGAGCAGCGGGGCGGCCGGAAAGCGAUGGUGAAAGCGGGGCCGUGAGGGGGGCGGAGCCGGCAGCCCGACCCGCCGUAGCGGCAGCAGCGGCGCCGCCUCCCCGAGCUCAGACCCAGGAAGCGGCUGGGAGGGCAGGAGCGAGCCGGACCCGCCGCCGCCGCCGCCAUGGAGCUCAGAGUCGGGAACAGGUACCGGCUGGGCCGGAAGAUCGGCAGCGGCUCCUUCGGAGACAUCUAUCUCGGUACGGACAUUGCUGCAGGAGAAGAAGUUGCCAUCAAGCUUGAAUGUGUCAAAACCAAACACCCUCAGCUCCACAUUGAGAGCAAAAUCUACAAAAUGAUGCAGGGAGGAGUGGGCAUCCCCACCAUCCGGUGGUGUGGUGCAGAGGGAGACUACAAUGUCAUGGUGAUGGAACUGUUGGGGCCGAGCCUGGAGGAUCUCUUCAACUUCUGCUCGAGGAAGUUCAGCCUCAAAACUGUCCUGCUGCUUGCUGACCAGAUGAUUAGUCGCAUCGAAUACAUUCAUUCAAAGAACUUCAUCCACCGAGACGUGAAGCCAGAUAACUUUCUCAUGGGGCUGGGGAAGAAGGGCAACUUGGUGUACAUCAUCGACUUUGGGCUGGCCAAGAAGUACCGGGACGCCAGGACCCACCAGCACAUCCCCUACCGCGAGAACAAAAACCUCACUGGGACGGCGCGGUACGCCUCCAUCAACACGCAUCUUGGAAUCGAACAAUCUCGAAGAGAUGACCUGGAGUCACUGGGCUAUGUGCUCAUGUACUUCAAUCUGGGCUCUCUGCCCUGGCAGGGGCUGAAGGCAGCCACCAAGAGGCAGAAGUAUGAACGCAUCAGUGAGAAGAAGAUGUCCACCCCCAUUGAAGUGCUGUGUAAAAGCUACCCCUCUGAGUUUGCCACAUACCUGAAUUUCUGCCGCUCCUUGCGUUUUGACGACAAGCCCGACUACUCCUACCUGAGGCAGCUCUUCAGGAAUCUUUUCCACCGCCAGGGCUUCUCCUAUGACUACGUGUUCGACUGGAACAUGCUCAAAUUUGGAGCCAGCCGGGCCGCUGAUGAUGCUGAGCGGGAGCGCCGGGACCGAGAGGAGCGGCUGAGGCACUCCCGAAACCCCGCCGCCCGCGGCCUCCCCUCCACGGCCUCUGGCCGCCUGCGGGGCACCCAGGAAGUGGCUCCUCCCACCCCCCUCACCCCUACCUCACACACUGCUAACACCUCUCCUCGGCCCGUGUCUGGUGUGGAAAGAGAGCGGAAAGUGAGUAUGCGGCUGCACCGUGGCGCUCCCGUCAACAUCUCGUCCUCUGAUCUCACGGGCCGGCAAGACACCUCCCGCAUGUCCACCUCACAGAAUAGCAUUCCUUUCGAACACCACGGCAAGUAGCUGCACGUCUCCCCGUUGGAAGGCAGCACCGGAUUGCCGGUCGGGUGGCUUCCAGUGCUCUUCAGUCUGUGGUGCACCGAUGAGAACUCUCCUUUUUGCUGUGAAGGGCAGACAAUGCAUGGCUGAUCUACUCUGUUACAAUGGCUUUACUAGUGACACGCCCCCCGGUCUAGAACCGAAAUGUUAACACCGGGAGCUCUCCAGGCCGCCCACCCAGCGACGCCCGUGGGGGAAACAAAACACAAACUAAACCGGACAGACUCCAAAGCGCUGCCGUCGCAGGGGCUGCACCGAGGGCCCCCCACGUGGACUCGGUUGUCACGGGCUGGGAAGAAAAGCAGAGUGUGAGAGACAAUUGCAGAGAGAACCAAACUCCCGCUCCCUGCUCCCUGACGAGCCUACUGUAACCACCGAUCUUCUACUUGGUUAAGACAGUUUUGUAUCAUUUUGCUAAAAAUUACUGGCUUAAAUCUGUGUAAUGAAAUCUGUCUUUUUAUUGUUUCUUUCUCGUCUGUUUUUGCGGUCUUAAAACAGAUGUUGACUUUAAAGCACCCAGAGCAAAGGCUGGUGUGGAGUUUCAGUGUAGGACAGAGCGAGUCAGGGAGCAGAGCGCGCGCGGGCGCCCGUCCUCUGCUUUGUGGUCUGUCGUGUGAUCCGCUGUGGAGAGGGGUUUUCUCACCAGAAGUGCUGUCCUGUGUAGACGUGUGUAAGUGACGUGUGUGCGUCUGUGUGUGUGUUGUGUGCCGUGUGUCCCGUGGCCUCAUUACGCUGGUGUCGGCUCUCACUGUCCCCCACCUGCACCGGAACGCCUGCGCGACGCGGGCCUCAGAGCAGUUAGCGGGCACGGCGUACCCGAUUCCCCUGGAUGCGGCGAGGAGGAACCCGAGCACGGAAGACCUCGGAAGCCAAGGCUUUGUGUGGGCGUUGCUGGUCCCUCAGGAGAGUAUUUUCGAACAGAGAGACAUCGGGCCUUUCCUUGGGGUCACGUGUGGCUAUUUUGGUGGUGGUGUUGCCUCAGUGUCUUUGAAUUUGGGAAAUUUUCUAAACAGACUGUAAACGUGAUCAGUGUAGAUUGGCCUCCAUGUGUAUGAACCUGUGUGCUCGGAACCCAGGACGUGUCUGCACUGUGCUGGGCUCGCCCGCGGAGGCCUUGGGCCCAAGGGGAUCCGCCUUGAAGUGCCAAGAAGCUGGUGACUCGACCUGGCCGUCUAGGAGGGUGUGGCGUCCCACACUUCCCUCCACAACCUUCACUGGGGCGUAGCGAGCCCCACGGGGGUCAGGGAGCAGAGCAGGUCGGAGUCUCUCAAGUAUGACCCUCUCGGGGCUGCUGGCUCCUGCCGGUUUUUCCGGGUGCCCCCUCAUUCUGUAGCAGGUAGCGGCACCGGGCCACGAGGCUGCCAGUAGCUGGGAGCCCCCGUUGUGGGAAACAAGGUGCAAUAAUGGGUAUUCGUGGGUACUCCCACCUGACCACCUGUCACCCCACUGCGAGUGCUGUGUGUGCCCCCAGGCCGCUGGCACAGGACGCCGGGACUGGUGUGUGCUGACCGCGCGGAGUGCGUCCGUGCUGCUUCGUGAGUCCCAAGCGGGCUACUCUUUUGGGGUGCAGGCACUUGGUCAGAUGGGGCUGUGUUUCUGGGAGAGCAGUGUGAGCCUGGGCAGGUCAGGGCGAGUUGGGGGCUCUUCAGAGCGGGGCUUGCCCCUGUUGGCGAGGUGUUAGCAGCUGCAGCCGCCCAUGGAGUGCCGGAGACCCGCUAGGGGCAGCUUCCCACGCUCUGCAUCUGGGCUUCGACCUGAAAUUGCUGGAUUGUGUUUGAGAGGUGGGCCCAGAUCCUGGGCCCUCAGCUGUGCGGCCGUCCGUCCGUCCGUGCACACUCGCUGCCCUCCCACUGCAGGAAAUGUAGUUGCAACGUCUGUAUCAACCUGUGUAUUGGUGGCCAGUCUCUGACUCGGCACGUUUGUGUGAUCACUGCAUUUAUGUGCUUACCCACCGUGUAAAUAAUAAACCCGUGAUGACUUUUACCUUUC